GGCCGCCGCUCCUUAUAGCGCUGUGGUCCUUAGAUCCCGGCCAGGCCGGGCGCGAUGCCCAAGUACUGCCGGGCGCCCAACUGCUCCAACACAGCCGGGCACCUCAGCGCCGACAACAGACGCAUCAGCUUCUACAAGUUCCCCUUGCAGGACCCUGCGAGGCUGCAGGAAUGGCUGCAGCAGAUGCGGCAGGAUCAGUGGGUCCCCACGCGGCACCAGCACCUGUGCAGCGACCACUUCGCCCCGUCCUGCUUCGAAUGGCGCUGGGGCGUCCGCUACCUCAAGCCCGACGCCGUCCCCACCAUCUUCCGAGCCUCGGCCGGCGGCACGAAACGGAAGAGCCCGGGCCGCCCGCCGGCGGAGCCGGGGCCCAAGAGGCCGGCGGAAGGGGAGGCCGGCCCGACGGCGAGCGGGCCCCUGGGGGCCCUGGCCAUCGCCAUCGACCCCGGCCUGGCCUCGGCCCCCGUCUACGUGGAGGCCGCGGGCGAGCCGGGCCCGCGGGCCCCGCUGCUGGGCACCGUGAGCCUCGUGCCCCUGCUGCAGCUGGUGGGGGCUGAGCCGCCCGGGGAGCCCGGGGCCCUGGUCAUCGAGAACGUGGCCAUCGAGCCCUUCCCGGAGCCCCUCCCGCUGCCACCGGCCUCGCCCGCCCCCAUGGUGGCCUAUUUCGAGACCAUCCCCACGGCCGCCCCUUUGACCCCGGCCCCCGCGCCCCCGCCGGAGACGGUGCUGUCGUCCGCCCUGAGCCUGCCCAUCGUCUCCACCGUCCCCAUCGUCUCCAACCACGGGGCCGGGGAACUGGGCGGGGAGGUAGAGAUGGAGGAGGAGGAGGAGGAGGACGACGGGGAGCGAGGCGACAGCGGCGGGGAGCCCGAACCCGAGGGCCGGCUGGAGGCGGAGCACGGCUACCAUAAAGCGGAGCUGAGCGCUGCCCAGCUGGCCGGGGUGGUGGCCGGGCUGCAGCGGAAGGUCAAGGGCCUGCAGCAGCGGCACAGGCGCCACUGCGCCAAGCUGGAGGCCAUGGAGGGGCUGGUGGAGCAGCUGCGGAAGGAGAACCUCGUGUCCGAGGAGAAGCUGCGCCUCUUGGAGAUGGCCUGCCUCCAGACGGGCGCCGUGGUACCCGAGGGCGGGGGCACAGUCGCCAUCAUCUGCCAGGAAGACGACCGAGCCCUCGUCUACACGGUGCCCCCUCAACCCGAGGAGCCGGGCCCCUUCAUCCACAUGGAAGAGGAGUGAGCGGGGGGCGAGGGGCGUCCAGCCCCUGGCCCGCCCUCACCCCUGCAUCGCUCAGGGACGGGUGGCUGGCUUCUUCCUCACCUCAGGGGGUGGGAAGGGGCAUCUGCCUGGUGGCCUUACUGCUGUGGCACCUUACCAGGGGGUGGGCCGGAGGGAGUCAGGUCAAGGAACGGUUGCCUUAGAUGCUCCCUUCCCUCCUAAAUUACGCUGCCACGGGGCAGGGGGAGGACCUGGCCCACCUGCCCCCCAAUCUACCCCCGGCCUCCUCUUUGGGCUCAGCCUUGGCAAGGGGCUGGAGGGGCGUUGGGCUGGGGGAGGCCUCUCCUGCGGCCCCCAUCACCCACGCUGCUGCUGCUGCUGCUGCUGCUGAGGGAAGGGGCGCGGGCCGGGGGAAGCCCUCGGAGGAUGCUGUGAAGCGCUCCUGGGGGGGGCUGGGACCCCCUUUCCCCGCCCUCCACGCCCCCAACCCUCUUUCAGGUUCCAAUAAAACGCGGAA